CAGGACGGAGGCGGCUGUCACUCCUGGCAGAUUCUUACCGUCUUGCUUGGCUGAAUUACACGCGCUGUCAGACAUGGCUCCCAGGAAAUUUUUCGUCGGCGGCAACUGGAAGAUGAACGGAGACAAGAAGAGUCUGGGGGAGCUGAUCAACACCAUGAACAGCGGCAAGAUCAAUGCGGACACAGAGGUGGUCUGUGGCGCCCCAUCCAUUUAUCUGGACUUUGCACGGCAGAAGCUGGACACCAAAAUUGCUGUUUCUGCGCAGAAUUGUUACAAAGUGGCCAAGGGAGCGUUCACUGGAGAGAUCAGCCCAGCAAUGAUUAAAGACUGUGGUGUUACAUGGGUGAUUCUUGGACACUCUGAGAGACGGCACGUGUUUGGGGAGUCGGAUGAGCUCAUUGGGCAAAAAGUGGCACAUGCACUAAGUGAAGGCAUUGCAGUCAUCGCCUGUAUUGGUGAGAAACUAGACCAGCGUGAGGCGGGAAUCACAGAGAAGGUGGUGUUUGAGCAGACGAAAGUCAUAGCAGAUAAUGUCAAGGACUGGAGUAAGGUGGUCUUGGCCUAUGAACCAGUCUGGGCUAUUGGAACUGGCAAAACUGCCACACCUGAACAGGCCCAGGAAGUGCACAAGAAACUCCGCGAGUGGCUGAAAACCAACGUAUCUGAAGAUGUUGCCCAGUCUGUUCGUAUUAUUUAUGGAGGUUCAGUAACAGGAGGCACAUGCAAAGAGCUGUCCGCUCAGCCCGACAUCGAUGGCUUCUUGGUGGGAGGAGCAUCUUUGAAGGCGGAGUUCAUUGAAAUCAUCAAUGCCAAGCAUUAAUCCAGCUCCCUGGCAGAACCUCCUCCCACCCCUUCUUUACACAAACGGUUUAGAAUAAGCGACCCCCGUGAGAGGCAACUCUAGUAGCGAACAAACUGGUCACCCUGAGGGCCGUACCUGGUGUCUGGGGGGGGGCCCUAGUUUGAUCUGUGUAGUACGUCUAAUAAAUGAAUGUGUUGUCUGUGACAAUCCUGUCUGUGUCCAACAUCCCAGGCCAUGCAGGUCACUCUGCUUGAAAUAAAACUCUCUAAAAACA